AUGAUUGAGUUGGUUAAAAAUGAGGGUGCAAUUGGUUCUUCAGGUUUUGAGAUAAAAAAGGUUUCUUCUCUUGGCCUGAACGCUGAAGAGCCUCCUCUGUUAAAGUCAAGUCCAUCUAUUCCAAUAAGUCUUGGGCUUAAGAGACGUGUCUCUUUUGGCCCAAAUCCUGCACAAUCUCCUGACGAGCCUCCAUCAAAUUUUGGGCUUAAACGGCUUGUUCCAACCGGCCCAAAUCCUGCACAAUCUCCUGACGAGCCUCCAUCAAAUUUUGGGCUUAAACGACUUGUUCCAACCGGCCCAAAUCCUGCACAAUCUCCUGACGAGCCCCCAUCAAAUUUUGGGCUUAAACGACUUGUUCCAACCGGCCCAAAUCCUGCACAAUCUCCUGACGAGCCCCCAUCAAGUUUUGGGCUUAAACGGCUUGUUCCAACCGGCCCAAAUCCUGCACAAUCUCCUGACGAGCCUCCAUCAAAUUUCCCAUCAAAUUUUGGGCUUAAACGACUUGUUCCAACCGGCCCAAAUCCUGCACAAUCUCCUGACGAGCCUCCAUCAAAUUUUGGGCUUAAACGGCUUGUUCCAACCGGCCCAAAUCCUGCACAAUCUCCUGACGAGCCUCCAUCAAAUUUUGGGCUUAAACGACUUGUUCCAACAGGCCCAAAUCCUGCACAAUCUCCUGACGAGCCUCCAUCAAGUUUUGGGCUUAAACGGCUUGUUCCAACCGGCCCAAAUCCUGCACAAUCUCCUGACGAGCCUCCAUCAAGUUUUGGGCUUAAAAGGCAUGUUCCAACCGGCCCAAAUCCUGCACAAUCUCCUGAUGAGCCUCCAACAAGUUUUGGGCUUAACCGGCUUGUUCCGACAGGCCCAAAUCCUGCACAAUCUCCUGACGAGCCUCCUAUAACAUUCAACUAA